ACGGAAUUUUUCAAUCUCGUUGCGUUGUUUACUCUACUAUUUAACAUAAUUGUGAAAUAUUUUUUAUUACUGCGCAUACCUAAUUCAUUUUUUAUCAUUAUAUCAUUGUAUAUUUUAAUUAAUACAUUAAUGUAACAAAAGUUUUCCUCGUUCAAGUUUUUUCUUUUAGUUCGUAAAGUGUGCAGUAAGUACAACCGAUUGAGGUUAGUUUAGAUCCAGUGGAAGCCUUAUGGAUUUUUGCUAUUAGAUAACAAACCUAAAAAAGAAACUCAUACUGUCAGUUGCAGCAGUGUCCUGGAAACGUUGCUCCUUGUUUCACUAUUUUAUUUUUAGUAUAUUCUUCAUUUUUAAUUUUUCGUCACUGCUGUUUUCUCUACUAACGGUUUCCCCUAAAGGUUCCCGGAUUUCGCUCAGGGUUUAAUGAACUUAUCCUUCAAAAGAUGGAUUUAAAUUCUUCAACGCUGUGUGCAGAUAGUUUAGAGGUAGCUGUUUCACAGUUUUAUCAUGCUGAUACCACUGUUCAAGCUCAAGCUCACGAAUGGCUCAUCCAAGCAUCUUCAGGAUCAUGGGACGUUGUAUGGGAGCUGCUUCAACCGCAAAGGUCGAUGGAAGCUCAGUUCUUUGCAGCAACAACUGUACAUACCCAGUUGAAGAAACAUUGGGUUCCUAAUUCACUUGAAUCUGUCACUCUAAUAAAGAAUAAACUCUUAGAAGCCAUCCUACGCUAUGCCUCAGGACCCAAAGUCAUACUGAACAGACUGUGUCUAUCUCUUGCGUGUUUCAUUCUCCGAACAAUUCCUACAGCUCACCCCUGUGACAUGACAGAACUAUUUUCCUCCUUCUUAUCUCAGUCAGCCCAGUCCACAUGGAUAUUACUGGAGGUUUUGAAAGAUCUUCCAGAAGAGGUACAUUCAAUGGAACUUUCCAAGACAUCAUCAUUAGCGGUUGUCAUUAACUUUGAAAAAAAUCUACCUUCAGUGAUAGCUUUUUUGCGGUCAAUCCUGGACCAAAAUGCGCCCACUUCUGAGUACUCUGAGCUGAAACUGCAGUGCAUUCGAUGUGCCUCAUCGUGGUUACAGUAUGGAAUCCCUCUCAAUGACUCUGCUUUCCUUGUGGAUCACCUUCUUCCUAUGUUACUCAAUCCUCAGUCAACAGAUGAUGUUGAGGUUGCUGCAGAUGCCUUGAAUCAAAUGGCUACGCAUCCAUGCACACAUCAAUAUCCUAACUCUUUGCUUCAGCUGAUGGAAAGGCUUCUACCAUUAUCAGAGUGUGUCAUCAAGCAGCAACAAAUGCUGAACUCCUCCUCUGAUCCAGAUAUGCAGAAUUUUGUCAGUGCUGUGUUUGGUCUGUAUGUCGCUAUUUGUGAAUCACAUUCAAGACUUAUUUUAAAUUCAUUGCUUGUACCUGAGACACAUCAGUUAGUUCUGACUUAUAUUCAUACGUUACUAGCUUGCAGUAAUGCCCCCGGGCAAUAUCCAACACAGGAACAAUAUAGUCAGCUGCCUUUUAGUUUUUGGUAUAUUUUACAGGAUGAUCUCCAAAGGAGUGAAGAAGGCCACUUUUAUGCUUUACAAGACAUUUUGACUCCAAUAUACAAGAAUCUUUCUCAGAUAUUAAUAACGAAAGCUAUGUUUCCACCUGAAGGUUAUAGUGAAUGGACUGCGGCAGAUAAGGAAACUUUUCGAUGCUAUCGACAAGAUGUACAAGAUACCUUGAUGUAUUGCUAUUCUGUCAUUCAUGAAAGUUUACUUGAAAUUUUACUAUCACUCCUAGAGCAUACUCUAAAUGAAUUUAGGAAUAACCCAUCGGAUGGUAGAAUAUGUCAGACACUAGAAACAUGUUUGUUUGGAUUCCUCUCAGUAGCUGAGAAUGUCAAUAUCUCUGAGAAUAAAUAUUUACCUCAAUUUUUCAUGACUCUGAAAAAUAUUCCUUUCCAUGUUGCAAGUAUUUUGACUGCAACUAUUGAAGCAAUUGGUGCUUAUGCUGAUUGGUUAAACGAGCACAACGAUGUGUUGGGUUACGUCUUACCAUUGCUUUUAGACACGGGUUUGAAUAUGCCAGAAACUGUUGCAUCAACUUCUAUGGCCUUGAAAGAUAUUACACGACCAGCUUCUCCUAGUCUCACGCCUUAUGCAGAGCAUAUACUUAUAGCCAUCCAGAAUGCACUCAACAAAGGAACUAUCAAACGAAUGGAAUGUAUCAGACUAAUGUUCAGUGUUGGAAGAGCUCUUUCAGUAUUGCCUGUGGAAACUGCAAUGAAAUACAUGGACACACUUCUCUCACCACUAGUCAUUCAGUUGCAAACCCUAGUAGAACAACCGCCUACCCCUCAGUUGAAAUCUGGGAUUGAGCAAAGGCUAAAUAUGUUAAGCACAGUUUUUACAUCACUACAAGAAAACCCCACACUGAUCGAUGAUCCUCGCCAACCUGUUUUCAUUAUUUUGGAGAAAACUAUACCUGUGUUGAAACUCAUAACUGACAAAUGGAUCUCGGAAAACACUGUAAUUGAGGCUGUGAUGGACUGUCUAAAAAGUUCAGUAGGAAUUAUGAAAGACAGUAAUAGUACUGUGGUUCAAGCUUUGUUAGAAAUGUUAGUCAAAGCUUAUCGAGCGCGGCCUAAUACAACCAGUCUUCAACUAGCAACAUUGUUCCUCAUUUCAUUUCACCAGCAACAAAAUGAACUUAUGUGCUUGUUGUUCUCCGAAAUUUGUUCAACUUCCUUACGCCUGGCUGAAAGUUGUCCUGAUGGCAAUCUCUCUCAUCAUGCUGAUGUUAUUGAAUCCUUCUACGCGCUGUGCGCACAAAUCCUGAAGAAAAAUCUCGGACAUUAUCUAUUAUCGGAUGGUGUCGAUCUUCAUAGUCUAUUCAAAUAUGCUGUUGCAGCGUUAUGUGUCCCGGAGGCUCGAACAGUGCGAUCUGCUUCAUCGUUUUUGACCACCUUCAUCAACAUCAGCAGAGAUACCCCCGCAUUCCUCAACAUAGUUCAAUUACUUGGUGAAGAAACAGUCAUUAGAAUUCUAAUGUGUAUAGGUGGUUCAGUCCCAAGACAAUGUUUAGACCACUUGACGGACAUUCUAAUGGUUUUCAACAAGAAGUAUUUCGAUAAUUUCUCUCGAUGGUUAAAACUAGCCUUGUCACAAGAUGGUUUCCCGUCUCCAUGUGCCUCUUCAGAAAAUAAGCAACACUUUUCAAAAUCGAUAUUAAAGGAACGAGCGAAUAAAAGGAAAAUGCAGGAGGUUGUUCGAGAGUUUUCAUUGAUAUGUCGCGGUCUGAUAUCAACCGAUCAUGGUGCUCAGAUUCCUUCCUGAAGUAGUACGUACUUUGCUUUUGAUUUUUUAGUUAUUAGCGUUGUUUUACAUUCUUUUAACAUGCCUUUAUUGAAGUUUUUAAUGAGUAUUAUUGUUCUCAUUUAAUGUAUUUUUUCAAAUUUUUGUCUCAAUUUUAACCCUCUAAAUAAUUUUAUUAAUUAUUAUUAUUAUCAUUUUGUUCAUCUCCUUUUAUUAUCAUUUUCAUUAUUAUAAUCAUUUAUUUUCAUUAUCACCAUCAUUAUCAGAGUUUGAAAUUUUGCUGGUAAAGGUUUUUUGUCGUUGAGUAUCUGAGCAGGUUUUUUUCUUUGUGCUUGGUGAGACAUUGAUUUAGUAGGGUAUUUUCUUAGGAUAGAACAAAUUAUUUUCUAAUGUACAAUGACAAAAAAUAUAUUAAACCAGCUGGUCAGAGGCAGUUUUUCUGGUAAUUCAUGUAAGUGAAAGGAAAUAUGUAUUUUUUGACCUGGUUAAUCUGGCGCAAGAUUAGCCGUUGGCAGAAAUAUUUUUAGAUGCUGGUGUUUAAAAGCUCUCUUAAAAUUGGCAGGUUUUUUUUAUUUUUCAAGACUUCAUUUUGUUGUUGAUAUUUUUUUUCUUGGUUUCUUUUCCCUCUUAAUUCUACACCUUUGAUUUAUGAAUUAGACUGUCCAAGCCUCGAAUGACUGGAAUUAGAUAUCUGGAGUAAUUCCGUAAUACCUCGAUUAUCGGGCAAUUUAUGGUAGUUGAAUGUCAAAUGCGCUGAAUGAUUUGAAAUGCAUUGGAAAUGUCAGGAAUCAUGAAAUGGCAAUAGAAACUGCAGGAAAAAAGUGGGGAAAGGGUGAAAAGCUAUAGAUAUAACUGACAGUGCCGGACACUCGAGGUAUUCUUGGAGACUUAAAACUCUAUGAAGCAAUAAUAAAUUGAUUGUUAAAUUUUACACACACCAAAUAAGUCUUCAUGCUUUUUCUCUGACCGCUAUUUUUCUAAAAUAAAUCCCUCAGUCUUUACAAACUGUUAGUUUGUACUAUUUCAAGAUGGUAAUUUUGCUAUGGAAAUAACUAUCCUCAUUGAAAUACUCAAAUUCAAGUUUCAAGUACAUAAAAUCUUCGCCAGGUAAGUUUGCAGUUGUCUAAUUUUGGUUGCAGAUAGUGACAUCACUGCCAAAGGGGUAUAUUGAUUUUUGAAUUACCUUUCCUGCCACAAAUUUUAUGCUAAUUUAAGAGAACGAUGGUUCUAAUAAUUUUGCAGUGGCUAGUAGUAAAUAGGGUCGCUGAUGCCAUUUUGCAGUUAAGAUGUAAAUCGAUUGAUUGUUCUCAUCAGUCAAAGGUAGGCAACUGCCAACGUACCUAAACGGAGUUCUAAUUGCCAAGAAAAUAUGAAGGAGUUAGGUUCGAAGUCAAGCCAAGCUAAUCAUCAUCUUCUGUCCUAAAUAUCAUAAGCACCAAUUGUGCUUAUGCACUUCAUUGCAAGACUUCUCAAACUUGUCCAAUUUUUACAAAAGAAUCAACGAACAGAAUUACUUGAAAAUUUUACCCAAUCUUUUUUUUUUGUCAUCAAGAUUAAUCCAUAAAAUUUUUGUGAAAGUAUGUGCAAAAGUUACAAAAAAAAAAAAAAAAUUAAUAAAUUAAAACCCUGUUGAGAUGUCUGGCAACAUAGCAUCCAAGUGUAAAUGGCGCUUGUGAUACUUUGGAUGGAAAAAAUGAAAUUUUGACAGAAGCAUGAAUCCUUAAAAUUUCAUGAUUAUCACCACCAUUAUCAUCUUCAUCUUAAUCACCAUCAUUCAUCAUCAUCAUUAUAUUCUUGUUUUAUUCUAUAAUAUUACAUGUUUUAUUCUCAUUUUGUACAGUUAUUUUUUAAUUGUCUAUUAAUCAGUUCUUUAUCAAGUAUACAUUGUUCAACUAUGAUUUGCUAGACAUUGAGCCUUCAGAAUUCUCAUUCAUAUGUUUGUUUUUUGUGUCAAUCAAAGCAGGUUUUCACAACUACAGAACACAUCACUAAACAAGGUGCAGAUUUGAGCAUCACGAUUAAUGUUAUCUCAUCAAAAUUUCACAUAGAAAAGGGUUUGUACAAAAACAAAACAAAAAAAAAUUACUAUAAGCAACACCUAAUCAAGACAUUAACGGUUUUUCUGACAUAAAUUCAAAUUUUCAGCUUAUAAAAACCACAAUCUACUCAGUUAAUCGUGCUUUAAAUGUCACCUGCGACCGGUGCCUACGAGAAUGGCGAAAGUAAACAGCGAGAAGUAACUAGUCAGUUUUGUGACAUUAAAUUAGUAGAUAUUUACUGAAAACAACAAUCAUCUCUGGGCCAUCGGUGCAUCGAUGAACGAGGCAGUCGCCGCGUGGACCAAUCAGAGUGGCCCUCGAUCAGCCAAAGUUGUAGUGCGCAAUCUGAUUCAAGUUGACCCUGGUUUUUCUUGUGAGUGGGAAAUUCAAAUUUUUCAGAACCACUGCUUAUUAAAAAUGUUGAUGUUUUCGUCAGAAAUGAAAGGUAGUAAUAUUUGCUGUGCAAAUUAUGUCGAACGUGAAAUUUCGAAGAGGCUCCAUACAUCUGAAUGCUUAAAUUCGUAUCUAGUCUAGUGGUCCAUUCUUUUUUUGUUGGUCAGUUCCUCUUUCAAAGUGAUGAGACAACUCUCUUGUGACCCUAAUAGUUCAGUCAGUUUGAGAAUACGCUGACAAAGUGGUGUUUUUUGUUCAAAUCACUAGUUGAUAAUGAAUAAGUUUGUUUAUUAAAGAAAAUUCGGGGAAUUGAACCUUUCUCUUGCUAAUAUUUAUAAUUCCACAGAAUCCUGGAGGUCUCGCUGUCUACUUAUUAAUAACUUGUUGCUCAUGUUGUAAUAUUAUUUAUGUUUUAUAUUCGUAUCUAACUGUAAUUUAUUCCAAACUAUUACGGAAACGAGGGGUUUUCGGGCUUUAUGUGAUAUUAAAUUUUAAUAUGAAAUAAAUUUCUUGAUAUCUGUAAAAUCCUAUAUUGAUCUUAAGAUUAGGGAAAUAAGACGGUUUUUUUUCUGAUUGCAUGAAACAAGUAUGUUUACCUGUGGUAUUUUUUUCUGUGAAAAUUAAGAUUAAGAGACUAAGCUGUUAUGAAGGUUUAAGAUUGAGAGAUCAGUUGAAGAAAUGAAGAAAGGGGGUACGUAGUACUUACAGAAAGAUUCUGCUCAAAUGCAAGACCAAGGAUUCAAGGACCAUUUAAGUUCUUAUGUACCUCAAAUGCAGCAGUGCAGAAACUUCUCGAUCGCACAAGCAUAAUUGCAUGGCCGCAAAUGUGAAAAAAUGGGAAGGCCAAAAAAAUGAGGAAGGCCAGCUAUCAAAUCGUGUACUUUUUAAAAAGUUGCGGUAAAAAUUGCGUGUUUUCCUUGAAAACGUGACAAUUUAUGAAUGAAGGACCGCUGAAAGGUCGUAGUUUUGAAAAUCUUGGGAAGAAGGGGUUUGUAAAAUGGGAAAGCUAGUCUGAAAAAUGAGAAAACUGAGAAGUUUCUGCAUUUCUGUUUGAAUGAUUAAAAAUUGUCUGCCUACGUUGUUUGAAAUAUGAAGAAGGUGUUCUUCAUUGAGCGUUUUAUUUUAUAUGUAGUCCAUUUAUAUAUCCUCAACCCAUUGUUGUUUCGAAACCAUUAAUUCAAAUCAUUAAUCGGACAGAUUUAACUAGAAUCAAUUUAACUGCUUUUCGCUGAUCCUGAUUUCCUCCCUUUUUCACCAGAAAACUAAGCAUUUAUCAAAAAACCGUGAAACUUUACAUCAAUUCAUUCCAGAAUUUGAUAAACGUCCUUACGAAAUAAAUGCUCAGGCAGGAUUUUUUUAGUUUUCUUUUGAAUAAAAAAAAAACUUGGGAGGAAAGUAGAUGAUGUCAAAUGUAGUUAGGUUGAUUCAGGUCAAAACUAUCCAAUUAUGAUGAGAGUACAAUAGAUUUACAAUAGAGUAUCAUAUUUUGUUAAAAUAUUUGGAUGGUAUAUUCAUUUAUCAAGUAACUUUAAAGUGGUGUUCUAGCUAAAUUUUUCAACAUGGCUUCAUAUUAACAUGUUGUAUGCAAACACUCUUUUAUGUAUAUGUUCCUGAAGCGCUCAGAAAUCAUGCUAAAAAGAGCUAACUUAGGUGAAUAGUUGAAAAACUCAACAGGGUCAAAAAACUUUCUGCCCAAAGUUUGCUUAAAAUUACUGUCGGUUUGUUGUCAGUUGAUGCCAAUUUACCGGUGUCAACAUCAUAAGCCUUAUCAAGCAUGCAAUGUGUUAAACAUUUUUGCAUCUUCAUUAACAAGUCACAAAUUGAUUAAUUUUGGGUCUCUUCUUUAUCCAUGUGGUCUUUCUUCUGUAUUUUAAUGGACUAAUCCAAUUAUCCUCUGACAUUGAACCAAUCGAAUUACAAAUUUCUCUCUUCACUGAUGUUUUCCUUCAUUUGUAUUUUUAGUGCUGGCAGAAUAGCAAAGCGCUUUUCUUUUUUCUUAUUCUAUGUUUUACCUGCAUGAGAUCAGUUGUGCAGGGGUGCAGAGACUUCUUGAUUACAAUUGGUUAAGUGUGAAAAUGGUAAUUCCCUGUAAUAGGGUCGUUUUAAAUAGGAACGCCACAAAGAAAGGUCUCGACAAUGGAGAGGCUGACUUGGGUAUAAACUGCAAACAUGCUAUAGUAACAGGAAAAAGAAUAGAGAUCGGGAUUUCUAUAAUAAGAGACCAUUUUAAAAAGUAGGAGGGCUAAAAACUCUCUGCAUCCCUGCAGAUUUGUGUCA